CUAAACAUUCUGAUGUGCAAAAGAAAGCAGCCCUAGUGUUUUUCCGGGAAUAAGAACUGAAUUUUUCCGCUUUCAACUUUUUAAUUGAGGUUAUAAUAGGCAUACCUAAGGAUAUCACAUUCACUAUUAUAUUUAUACUACCUUAUAUUUGCAAGAAAAUUAUUGCAAUGACUAGUUCUACGGAAGCUCCGUGUAGGCUUUGCCUUAAAACUGUGACAGAUAAAAGUUUUGAAGUAGUAGACGAUGCUACUAGAAACAUUUUAUAUGUCCUCUUGUGGAAAUUGAAAUUUGUUGGUGCAAGCGAAGAGGUUAUAUGUAACGCUUGCAAAAGAAAAUUGGAUGCAGCAUUCGAAUUUAAAACAAUGUGUCUGAGUACCGAUAACAUAAUUACGCCAUACGUGAAUUGUGAGAAAAUGCUACAACUCGACUUAAGAGAAGUGUAUAUGAAGGAAACGGGAAGCGAGUUGUUAACGGAUAUGUCGCAGGAUCAAAAAAUAUGUCGGUUGUGUAUGCAGUUAAAAUUUGAAUAUAGAUUCAUACAUGAAAAGGAACUCGAAGCUAUUCACAAUUUCGCUCCCGAAAUGAAUAUAAACAUCGUUAGAGACCCCAUUGUAUGUAAACAUUGCUUCGAUUCCCUGUGCACUCACAACAGCUUUAUAAAAGAUUGUUUAGAAGUUGAGGAGAAAAUUGGAGGUAUUUGUGAUAGUUCAGCGUCAGAUAGUCAAACAAAUACAUUGUCAUCUAAUUUAUUUAUCAAGACUGAAAAAUUGGAUGCGGAAUUUGAAAUUGACGAGAUGGAUAUAUCAGUAAAACCUGAAUUCGUUGAAGUAAAAUCCGAAGAAUUUGAAGACGAAAGUGACACGUCGCUGUGGUACUCGAAUAAUGAAACAUUUGAAAAAGAGGACCUUAAACAAGCAGAAAAAGACGGAUUUACACAUAGAAAUGAAUCAGUGGUCGACCACGUUACACUCCCUCGAUUCCCAACAAGUACAGGACUGUAUAAGUGCGGCAAAUGUAUUUACCAGACCAAAAGUGAAAGCCGAUUUAGGGGACAUUGUGCGAGACACGAUUCCGGAGUGUAUAAAUGUAAAACGUGCGACUACAAAACCACAAAGAAGAAAUUACUGCAGAGGCACCAGCUACAGCACAAAGACCCUUCGGAGGUACCUAUGUACAGGUGUACCCUGUGCGAUUUCGAGACCAAGUACAAACGCAACGUUAUUCAGCAUCAGGUGAAGCACGAAAGCCCCUCAGAAACGCCGAUGUACAGCUGCGAAGUGUGCGAUUUCCAAUCGAAGUACAAGUGCAGCAUUAACAGGCAUCGGUUGAUGCACAGGGACUUGUCGAACGUGCGAUUGUACAAAUGCAAUGAGUGCGAUUUCGGGACUAGACACAAGGGCAGUCUCACGUAUCACAUGCUGAAACACAAAGACGACACGCAGGUGCAGAUGUUCUCUUGCGAGGAAUGCGAUUUUAGCACGAAGUAUAAAGAAAGUUUGAAGAAGCACCGUUUGAAUCACAAACCGCAGUCCGAAGUGCAGAUGUUCAAGUGCGGUAUUUGUGAGUAUGAAACGAGGUUCAAGAAAAAUCUUACGUGUCACCAAUUGAGGCACAAAGGUUCUUCGGAACUGAGGAUGUACCAGUGUAACGACUGCGAUUACGGAACUAGGCACAAGAGGGACCUCGUACGCCACGUUUUGAGUCACAGAAACGUACUGAAAGAGGAAAAGGAUAAGUGUGACUGACGCAAAGAAGUAAGGGUCGCUUUAAAUGUUGCCGUUCAGUUGUAGUUAAUUACAUUAAACUAAAAAACUUAAACUCUCGAAAGUGAUAGUGACAUUGAAACAUUUGUAAUACUUCAAAGUGAACUCGAUCAAAUUUAUGUAGUUAUAAUUCCCCUAAAAAUUUAUUUUGUAGUAACCCCGUUUUAAAGUUUAAAUUUCGCGGGAGCUUGCGUAGUUUGUAGAAGAAGAAGAGGAAGAGGAGACUUCGGAGUCGGGUUUUGGUGUUCUUAGAUUAGUUUUAGAUGUUAAGUGGUUAUGUUACAUAGAUUGUUAAUAAAA